AUGGAUGCAUAUCCACCCGAAUACGUCUUGCACAACCUCCCAUUCAUCGUGCUCUCUGGGCUGGGGACCGCUCCUGAGCUUGAACCACGAAAGCCUUUCCAAGACCUUCUACCCGGCCACGCUAUAAGCACCGUCAACGCAGAGACGCCCCUCGUUACUAGCGACCGCGCGCAACAGCUCUUGGAAGAGUUCCUGAGCCAUGAUAACACGAAUACCCCAUGGGAGGCGCAUGGGCUCGACAGGAAGAGGACCCUGGCCGAGUUCAGAAUGCGGGCAGUAGGGAGGAACUUCCAAUUACCUCCAAAAAAGGCUGAUGCUCCCACUACGUCAGAAACUACUCCGCCUGGUAGUCCUACAAUAGCCGCUGCGACGUCGUGGAUCUUGCAUUCGCCCAUCUCCCCACUAUCGCCACGGGCGCCCGUAUUCCCUGACGGUGUCAUGACUCCCGUCUGGGUCGCCAAACAUCAGGACUACAUUCCGUCCGUCUUUAUAGCCUUCUUCGAUUUCACCACAGAUCCCAUCACCAACAGCCUACAUGACAACCACCUGAAGUCAGAAAUCAUCAAGGUCAAAGAGCAGAUCCAGAGGUCGGGAUACAAGACUAGGUUCGCAGCAGUAUUGUUGAGUGACAAGUCUGUCCUUGAGGCGCCUGACAUUGACGAACGUCUGAGCAACAUACGGCGGAAUACUGGAUUGGACCCUAAAACGCAGCUGUUCUUCCUUCCGCCUUCUUCACCCGUCGAGCUCCGCUCAUUCGUUGCUACUGUUUUGGCGACAUUGAAACCUAUCAGCGUUGAGUACUACCGCGAUCUCACAAAACGCGCAAGACGGAAGAAGACUCGAUCCACCAUCCCACCACCAACAGCGCCUCCUACUCGCGGCACAUCGCAAGUUCUAGGGUACCCUGGCUGGGGCCUUCGAUAUGAGUUCAAGCUGGGUGUGUUUGCCGAGUUUCGGCAAGAGAUGGAUGCGGCUCAACGACACUACAACAUCGCUCUUGACAUUCUGUUCGGUCAAGAGGGUAUCUUUGAGACUACCGCAAGCUGGUCGCCUAGAUGGGACGAAAUCCGAUUGAUCGCCGAUACUAUAGCACUCCGACACGUCCGCUGCCAGAUAUCAAGUAACUAUCUCACUUCAGCGGCGCAAACUUGGCACAAGUACAAGACCAAGCUGAAGGACGUGCUCGAUAGGCGCGGGAAAGGUACCUCAAACUAUGGCUGGGAGGCUUGGGAGUCAACGUGGGCGCAGACGAUGGCACAGCUGAUACAGCAAGCGGACUUGAAGGUUUUCAGGAUCACUGAUCCUUUACCUGAAUCUGAACUCUUGCCUAGCGUGGACAUGAACCCAGUCUACGCGCCGGCCGAGAAACAAUUUCCGACUGGCGAGCGGCUACCUCCUUGGGAACUUCUCCAACAUGCAGGCUACUGGUACAAGUCAGCUGCCGAUCACGCGAAAAGGAGGUAUCUACUAGCGAGAGAUAUGCCUGAGGAAGAUCGAACUCCUCCUGGCCUGUCGCCCGCGACGAAGGUCUCGAACAGAAAUCAAGUAUAUGACCACUACCUUGUGCCUGAGCCACAUCUCGAAUUUCCCCUUCAGGGCACAACUGGAGGUUUCGAGCAUUGGAAGGAUAUCGUUGGCAAGCUUAAUGCUGCAAUACAGGAGUUCGAAGCACGACGCCAGUAUCGAAAAGUACACCAGUUGCAACUUGAAGCGGCCCGGACCUUGCUUCACGUGAAGAUUUUCGACGAGGCCUUCAAAGUUCUGCGGCCGCUGUGGGAGAAUAUGACAUGGCGGAAAGAAGGAUUUUGGAGUCUGGCCUCGGAGGUCGUUUGGGGUAUGCACGAGGCUGCGCUACGUGUUCGAAAUACGGAGAUCUAUGUAGCUACGGAGUGGGAACUCAACUCGUCAGGCACGUACUGCGUCUCCAGGAUAUAUGGGAAGAUUCUGACAAAGUAA